CUGUAUCUGUUUUCAUGAUUACACUUGUUGGCAUGCUAUGAGUUUAAUUAACGGUUUGUCAUGAAACGUUUUGUUAUUGAACUGAAUCUGAUUUUACAUUGACGGUUUGUCAUUGAAUGCUUUGCAAGUGAACUGAAUCUGAUUUUGUCAUUGAGUGAUUUGUUAUGUUAAACUGGUUAUCAGGCAUGCUAAAAGUUUUACCCAAGGGCUAUCCAUAUUUACUUACUGAGUUAUCUCAUAGUUUUGCUUGUCCACCAUUUCAGGAAGUGAAACCGAGGACGGGGAAACCACGGGAAGUGACGAGUUAGAAGGCUAGUCAUUUUGUAAAAUUGAACAUAGAUUUAGAAAUAAAUCAUGAUCUUGUAAACUAGAGUGUAUUUGGAGAUUUUAUGAUAUUAAAGGAAAUUUUAAAGA